AUGGCCUCGCCGUUGCUCGACGAGACGACCGUCUCCGCGACGGCACUCACUGACACGGUUGCACCUAUAUCUACUACUACCCCUGUCUCCAACAACAAUGCCACUAUCACCACCACCUCCUCCUCCAUCGCCACGCCGUCUCCGUCCCUUCCCGCCGCCUCCACCCAAGACCACGCGACCACCGUCGCCGCUCCCACAGACAAUUCAACGGGCACGAUCGUGAUCGCCUUCGGCCCGAGCCUGGAACACAUCGUCCAGACCGUCGCGGAGGUACUGGGCAAGCCGUGGACGACUGAACCGUCGCUCGCGACUCUCGCGCGAGCCGGCGAUGCCGCCGUCGUCGUGGGCAUCCCCGCGCAAGACCUGCCCCGGAUUUUAUCAGAGAUAUGUGAUAGCGACAGUCGGUCCGCGUUGACGGUGAUAAAUACACACUGCGUGGAGGAUGGCUCUGCGCCGGAGGACGCGCUGACCGAGCUGUGCGACUAUGAGUUCCUAUAUUCACGCAGUCCCUUUCUGCGGCGGGACCUCACCCGUUUUCUGUCGCUGAUCCUGGGCCAGAAUCGGCCGCAUGACGAUCUGCGCACGAAGACUCGCACCAAUUUCAUCUCGACCACCUUCCCGGAUGUGCAUGCUGCGCUGCCGAACUUGGAUAUCCUGUCUGUUGGCUCGGACGCGGUCGAGAUUCGCGUGGAUCUGUUGGUUGAGCCUCCUGCGCAGGAGGGCGCACCGGCUUCUCCCGUACCCAGUCUCAAGUAUGUCGGUCAGCAGUUGAUGCUACUGCGGCAGCAUACCGAGCUGCCUAUUAUCUUCACGACGCGGUGCACGAAGGAGAAUGGAAAAUUCCCCAUGGAUGAUCCCGCGUUGUUUUAUAAGUACCUUCGGCGCGCGAUCCAGUGGGGCGUCGAGUAUAUUGACGUCGAGCUUUGGCUGCCAGAAGAGAUUCGACGACGACUCGCCGAGGCCAAGGGACAUAGUAUCAUCAUGUCCGCCUUCCACGACUUUUCUGGGGGGUGGAAGUGGACAUCACCCGAAGCGCAGCGCAUUUUCACAGAAAGCACUCGGUACGCCGACAUCGUCAAGAUGAUCGCCAUGGUCUCGACCAUUGAAGAGAACUACGAGCUGGAGUACUUCCGGUCAACGAUCAAGAGCCGCGGCCCCGGGCCGCUGUUGUCGGCCGUGAAUAUGGGCCAGAUGGGACAACUGUCCCGUGCCCUCAACACGGUCUUCUCACCCAUCACACACCCGCUCCUACCCAUGAUCGCUGCGCCGGGCCAGCUGACCGCUGCCGAGAUCAACGAGGCCCUACAUAUCAUGGGUCAGCUCCCGAAGCGUGACUUGUACGCUAUUGGCUCGUUCCGUUCGACGCCGCACUCUAUGUUCAUGGAGAAGUGCCUCAACGAACUUGGUCUUCCACAUACUUUCAGCUCUAUUGACCGUGGGCCAAAGGGCUCUAUGGAGUCCGUCAUUCUGCAGCCGCAGUUCGGCGGCGCGUCUAUCAAUCCCCCCAUCGCCAGCACGGCACCAUACAUCCCCGCCAUCAGCGACGCUGCCCGCGCAAUCGGGCUAGUCGACACUCUCGCCCUAGUGACACCAGGCGACGGAACCACAACACCAACAACAAGCAACAAUAACUCCUCGAUCACCACAACGCGCUUCAUCGGCGAAAACGCCACCUGGAAAGGCAUCCGCGCCACCCUAACCCGCGAAUACGUCCCCAGCGCCUACCGCAACCGCGCAGCCAUAAUCCUGGCGGGGAGCGAAACAGACGCCAGCGCUGCAAUCUUCGCACUGCGUAGCCUGGGCGUUGGAUCAAUCUACACAGUCGGCUUCAAAGCAACAGGCCCACUAUCCGCAGGCUUAGAGCCAUUCACAUCGAUCCAGUCCGUUAAACUGGUCGAGCAGCCUUUCGUUAUUGUCUCUGCGCUUCCACCGGAGAAAUCUUUGCUUGUUCAGCCUUUGCUUAGACAUUACGCUAGUACCAACGCUAAUACUGCUGCUGCUAUUAAUGGCCGCUCCUCCCCCCCUUCAUCACCUUCGAUCCGCGGCAAGGUCUAUCUCGAUCUCACUUCCGGUGCCCGCAAGGGUGAUCCACUUGCUGUUGCGAAGGGUGCCGGGUGGACGGCGUAUGGCAUUGAGGAUGUCAACGCUUGGACGACCGUUGAGACGUUACGACUGCUUGUGGGGCAGAAUGUGCCGUUUGACUUUGUGCGCAUGGCGUCUGGGAGGCCUUUGUUCUAG